CUCCUGUGUAAUAAGCGACACCGCGACUGCUGCAACAUCGAGUCGAGUGCAGCGGCAGCGACCCCAACCGGCGGACCACCCGCGCCGCAGCCGCAGCCAUGUUGUCCUUCAUCCUGAUCCAGAACCGGCAGGGCAAGACCCGGCUGGCCAAGUGGUACGUCCCGUACAGCGACGAGGAGAAGAUCAAGCUCAAGGGCGAGAUCCACCGCCUCGUCGCGCCGCGCGACCAAAAGUACCAGUCCAACUUCGUCGAGUUCCGCAACCACAAGGUGGUCUACCGGCGGUACGCGGGGCUCUUCUUCUGCGCCUGCGUCGACACCAACGACAACGAGCUCGCCUACCUCGAGGCCAUCCACUUCUUCGUCGAGGUGCUCGACGCCUUCUUCGGCAACGUCUGCGAGCUCGACCUCGUCUUCAACUUCUACAAGGUCUACGCCAUCCUCGACGAGGUCUUCCUCGCCGGCGAGAUCGAGGAGACCAGCAAGCAGGUCGUGCUGACCCGCCUGGAGCACUUGGAUAAACUGGAGUGAUAAAGACAGAGAGAGGGCUGCUGCCCGGCUGGCUGGAUUCUUUCAUUGCGUUGAGCGUUGGAAGGGCUCGUCGUGUUCUGGUAGGGUUCGGACGGGCUGGGAUGGACCACACUACGGCCGGCGGCCCGGUUUUUAUGCUUGGGCGUUGCAUGGCGACUGGGAAAUGAGGGUACAGCGAUUUGUGAGGAGGAAAUGUGGCGCACGUUGUGUCGUGGACUGAGGCGGGCGAUUGGGGAGAACCAGCGCUGUGCCGCGUCGAGUCGGUCAUCGGUGGAAGGCGAGAAAGACUCUCGCGGCGGCGAAGGUCUAGUUACGCCGCCCGAGGUACGGAGGCAACAAGUGGAAGGGCGCAUGACGGACAGCUGCCGGUUACACUGAGCAUCGUCGGCAAUGGAGGCAGCUCCAUUUUGCUUGGGCAAGCAGGUUAGGAGAGCGGCCCUGCAGUAAUGCUCUCGGCACAGUCAUCGCUGGAACACAUAGCUCGAGCUGGAGUACCAGGCUGCCCUAAUUCAAUGAGGAGGCAGUCAUUUCGCACACAUCCCGCACCGGGUCCCCGGAUCCCGCCAGACAGAGCAGAUCGAAGCAGAGAGGUUUCUG